AUGGCGGCGGCCGCGGCCGGCGGGGAACGGACCCGGCCGGACCCGGCGGAGCAGCGGGCCGAGCUGGGGCCGCUCCUGGCCACGGCCCUCCGGCCCGGCGAGUCCUGGUACCUGGUGGAGAGCCGGUGGUUCAAGCAAUGGAAGAAGUACGUGGGCUUCGACAGCUGGGACAUGUUCGGCGCCGGCGAUCCCAACCUCUUCCCGGGCCCCGUCGACAACGCGGGCCUGUUCCCGGGGCCCAUCGACAACUCGGGCCUGUUCGGCGAUCCGCAAACUCAAAGUUUGAAAGAGCACCUCAUUGAUGAGCUGGAUUACGUGCUGGUGCCCACCGAAGCCUGGAACAAACUAGUAGCGUGGUACGGCUGUAUAGACGGACAGCAGCCUAUUGUGAGGAAAGUGGUGGAGUAUGGGCUCUUUGUGAAGCACUACAAGGUCGAGGUUUAUCUCCUGGAGCUGAAGCUGUGCGAGAGCAGCGAUCCCGACAAUGUCAUCAGCUGCCACUUCAGCAAGGCAGAUACUGUUGCUACCAUCGAGAAAGAAAUGAGAAAACUAUUCAAUAUCCCAGCUGAGAAGGAAACCAGGCUAUGGAACAGAUACAUGAGUAACACUUAUGAGCAGCUCAGCAAGCUGGAUAGCACAGUGCAAGAUGCAGGGCUCUAUCAGGGUCAGGUUGUUUUAAUAGAAGUGAAAAAUGAAGAUGGCACGUGGCCUGGACAGCAUUGCCUGGCAAAAUCAAGCACUGCAACUAGCAGAAACUUUACUACCUCUUCAAAAUCAUCAGCAAGUUCUUAUUCCUCAGUGUCUGCCACUUCUGUCAUUACUAACGGUGAUAGCAGUAACUCCUAUGGACUCAACAGCUCCCACCUGGGCAGGGGAGGUUCUGGGUUUGGCUGUAACUCUUACAACUGCAGGGACAGUGCUUCCCUCUCACAGCCUGGACUCUGUGGACUCAGUAACCUUGGAAACACCUGCUUCAUGAAUUCUGCAUUACAGUGCCUGAGCAAUACUCCUCCUCUGACUGACUACUUCCUGGAAGAUAAAUAUGAAGCUGAAAUAAAUCAGAACAACCCCCUGGGGAUGAGGGGAGAAAUUGCAGAAGCCUAUGCAGAUCUCAUUAAACAGAUGUGGUCUGGGAGGCAGUCUCACGUGGCCCCACGGAUGUUCAAAACACAGGUUGGGCGAUUUGCUCCUCAGUUCUCAGGAUACCAGCAGCAGGACUCCCAGGAGCUCUUGGCUUUUCUGCUGGAUGGCUUGCAUGAGGAUUUGAACAGAGUGAAGAAGAAGCCCUACUUGGAGCUGAAGGAUGCCAAUGGCAGACCUGAUUCGGAGGUGGCAAAAGAGGCAUGGGAGAAUCAUAGGCUGAGGAAUGAUUCCAUCAUUGUGGAUAUUUUUCAUGGUCUUUUCAAGUCUACCCUUGUUUGUCCCAAAUGCUCUAAAGUUUCUGUGACCUUUGAUCCCUUCUGUUACUUAACUCUGCCCCUGCCCUUGCGGAGGGACCGGCUCAUGGAGGUGACCCUGGUGUAUGCAGACCCACAGCGCAGACCUGUCCAGUACCGGGUUGUGGUGCCAAUGAUGGGGGCCAUCUCAGAUCUGUGUGAAGCACUUUCCAAACUCUCUGGUGUUCCUGCAGAAAAUAUGGUGGUGACAGACGUGUAUAAUCACAGAUUCCACAAAAUCUUCCAAAUGGAUGAAGGUUUAAAUCAUAUCAUGCCAAAAGACGACAUCUUUGUGUAUGAAGUGUGCAAGCCAAGUGAGGAUGGCUCAGAGUACGUCACUCUCUCCAUUUACUUUCGGGAGAAGACAGUGAGGCAAUCCAGCAACACUUCAGGGACUGUGCUCUUUGGGCAGCCACUGUUAAUAUCUGUGCCCAAACACAAGCUCACUGUGGAUCACCUGUACAAUGUGGUUUUGGAGCAGAUCAGCCGCUGUGUGAAACUCCCUCUGGCAGAAGAAUACUCCCCGCCCUGCCCAGACAGAGGAACCUGCAAUGGCUCCAAUGGUGUGGUUGAAGGCGACAUUGAAGAGAUGGAGCAUCAGGAUGGUGGAGAGGAAGGCAAGGAAAAGCUGACAGAAGUUGACCCCUGCCACUCUGAGGGUUGUAUGCAAGUGGAGUCAGCAAGAGACCUGCAGCCUUGCAAGAAACAGCAUUUCACUUUAAGCCUUGUGAAUUCCUCUGGGACCUCAGAGAUAAACUCCAUUGUUGAAGGAAAAAUCUUAAAACUGAAUGCUUUUUCUGCAGUUGCUAUUGACUGGGAUUCUGAGACACGGAGGCUGCUGUAUGAUGAGCAGGAGGCACAGGCAUUUGAAAAACAUGGAAGCAUGCUACAAGUACAGAAGAAGAAGGCUGUUGUAGCCCUCAGAGACUGCAUAGAGCUCUUCACUACUAUGGAAACACUUGGUGAACAUGACCCGUGGUACUGCCCUAACUGUAAGAAACAUCAGCAGGCCACGAAGAAGUUUGACUUGUGGUCUUUGCCCAGGAUUUUGGUGGUACAUUUAAAACGCUUCUCGUACAGCAGAUACUGGAGGGAUAAACUUGACACGGUUGUGGAAUUCCCCAUCAGGGGUUUGAACAUGUCUGAGUUUGUCUGUGACCCAAGAGCAGGCUCAUAUGUGUAUGACCUCAUUGCAGUAUCCAAUCACUAUGGAGCCAUGGGCGUGGGCCACUACACUGCCUAUGCCAAGAACAAGGUGAAUGACAAGUGGUACUACUUCGACGACAGCAGCGUCUCGGUGGCUUCAGAAGACCAAAUAGUGACAAAAGCUGCGUAUGUGCUGUUCUAUGAGCGCCGAAACAGCGAGGAACAUUCUGCCCCCUCUGCUCCCCAGGAAGAGUGUGAUGGCAUGGACACCAACUAAGCACCACCUCCAGCACUCAGCCACCAUGGUAGUGGUUGCUCUUGUAAAGCAAUGCCUGAGGCGCCUGAAAAUUUUUCUUCCUUCUGUAGGGGUCAAGCAGAAAAUCAAGCACUGAGAGAGUCAGUGCUGGGGGUUGCAGAAUAGCACUGAAGAGCCAGGAAUAGGUGCUGACACUUGGGUAUUUAGAGGCCAAAAGUAAUAUAUAUUGGAGCUUCAAUAAAGUUCUUUUUAAAAUCUG